CUCGACUUCUCUCUUCCUCUCGUGUAUCAGUGUUUGAUAUCUCACAAGAAGCUUGAAAAGUUCAACCUACGAUUGGCGAUUACAUUCCUUUCAGAAGUCUCCAGAGCAUAAUCGAGCAGGGAGGACCAAGAAUCCAAGUUUCUUUUUGUAUCUUGACGAAUCUGUACGAUAUGGCCAGACUCAGUGAUUUGCCUGAUGACUUGCUGGUGAAGAUAUUAUCGUAUCUUCCAACCAAAGUUGCUGUAUCCACUAGCGUCUUGUCUAAACGAUGGCAGUUUCUUUGGAUGUGGUUGCCUAAUCUUGAGUACAGUAAUAGCAAUGACUACAGUAGUAGAGAUUAUCCAGAGUCUGCAACACUUCGUGAAAUUUUUGACAGAAUGAGAUCUACAACACUUCGGGAAUUUGUUGACAAGAAUCUGCCAUUACAUAGAGCUCCGGUCAUAGAAAGCUUGCGUCUCGACCUCAGAUAUCGUAGUAUUAAACCUGCAGUUCUUAAACGGUGGGUUGAGAUUUCGGUUUCUCGCAAUGUACGUGAGCUGGAAGUUUCUUAUGAUUCGAAGAGCAAAAACAUAUUCCCGGGCAGCUUCUACACCUGCGCAUCGCUCGUGAUCCUGAAACUCGGUUUCGUAAAUCUCAUGGAUGUUCCCUCAACGGGUUCUCUUUGCUCUCUGAAAACCUUGAAGCUUCAAUAUCUUGAAUACGCUAAUCAAGGAUCUCUUCAACGACUUCUAUCUAUAUGUCCUGUUCUUGAAGAAUUAUCUGUGCAUUUUAGUGGUGAAGGGGAGUGUGUGAAAGAGUUCACUAUCAUCGUCCCGUCUUUGCGGAGUUUAUCACUCUUAAUACCUAAUUGCGGGAAUAUAGGUGGGUAUGUGAUAGAUGCUCCUUCUUUGACGUAUUUCAAACUUGAGGAUCGGUAUGCUAAGGAACACUACGCUAAGAUUACGAAUGUGCCAAAUUUGAGGGAAGCAUAUGUUGAUGUAGUAUCCUUUAAUGUCAAGGGUCUUAUUAGAUCAAUCACAUCAGUCAAGCGUCUUACUAUAUGUUCACAGGAUGAUGUGUCUGGUGAUGGUUUUGUUUUCAAACAUCUUGAACAUCUGAAGCUAUGUGCGUGCAAAAAGGAUUCGUCAACUCUCCUUGGCCAAUUGCUCAAAAAUUCUCCCAACUUACGAGUACUAGACAUCUCUCACAUGGAAUCUCAUGACGAUGAUUGGAGAAAUGAAAUGGUGUGCUGGAAUCAACCGAGUUCUGUUCCUGAAUGCCUGUUGUCGAGUCUACAAAUUCUCAACUGGUCACGGUACUUUGGGAGACCGCAAGAUAGAGACAUUGCGGUUUACAUCUUGAAGAACGCUUGUCGCUUGAAGACGGCAACAAUCUUGGCUGAUACAAGGAAGUUUCAUGUGUCAAACCUUAAGAUGAUCAAGGAGUUGACACUUUCUUCCCGAGCUUCAAGCACAUGCGAGCUCGUAUUUGUUGAGGAUAAUAUAGAAGCUGAACCUGAAGCUGAAGCUGAGGCUGAAUCUGAAGCUGAAUCUGAAUCUUUCUGGGAACGAAAAUUGAUAGACUUGUACAAUAGAUUUUUGUAAGGAAAUGACAAUUGUUAGGCUUGUUCGUAAGCAAAAGUUUGAAGAUGUUGGACUCAAACGUAAAUUCGUUACGCUUCUAACUGAGUUGA